GUGCAGGUGCCUGUUUAAAACCCAGACGACACGUCGGUAAAUCUUUCAGGAUUACGGAGAGAUCUCACGGUUUCUGUCAGCUCCGAGGAUGCAUCUAUUGAUCACCUCGCACCAAUAUGACCGGCCGAUCGGCUGUGAUUGAUCGGGUGGCUUCUGCGCAGGCGCGGUUCGCCCCAAGCGAGCCUCCAGUUAGUUUUUAACAAGAAGCAGCAGUUUGGGCAUUAUGAACGAAUGUGAUCCACAGCAGCCGACUGGAAGUGUGUGUUUGGAGGAGAAAGUGCAGAUGAAACGCCUCCAUCAGCCGCAGGACGUCGUUUUGAAGCAAACCGCCGCAUCCCCUGCAGAUGUUCAGCUGCUGUCGGUCCAACAAGAUGCAGAACUGCUCCACAUAAAGGAGGAACAGGAGGAACUGUGGACCAGUCAAAGAGAAGAGCAGCUUAAUGGGCAGGAGAGGACUGAUAUCACCAGGUUUUCAUUCACUGCUGCUCCUGUGAAGAGUGAUGAGGAACAGAAACGUCAGUCCUCACAGCAUCAUCGGAGCCAAACUGAAGACUACAGAGAGUCAGAACCUUCAACCAGCAGCUCAGUUAAACAGACGAAGGCAGAAACUGAUGGAGAGGACUGUAGAGGACCUGAACCAGCCCAGAACCCUGAUCCAGAUACUCAUUCACAGCCAAGUACUGAGGAAAAACCUGUAGAUUCUUUUGAGACGGGAGUUAGUGAUGAGGAUGGUGUUGAGGAGGAGGAGGAGGAUGAUGAAGACUGGCAGGAGCCUUUUUCAGAUUUUGGACCUGAGACUGACGACAGUGACAAUGAUUGGAAGGAGACGAGGACACCUGAAUCUGGUGUAAAUAGUGAAUGUGACACUGAGAAAAAUCUUUUACCUGCUCUGACUGUGGUAAACAGUUUCUCCACAAACGUUCUCUUCGGAGACACAUUCUCCAGUCUUCCAGCUGCUCACUUAAUAAUCAGUGUUUUGAAGUGAAGCAAAAUUCAGAGGCGAGA